AUGCCUUCACUCCACUGGGAGAGAGUGUUGCUUGGGACUGCUUGCUGUGCAGUAACUGUGACCCUCUGUUCCCUGUGCAUUUGGCAGCUUGUUGUGAGGUUUCACAAAGAAACUACAGGACCUGUGGUACCUCCUUGCUUCUGCCUCAAUGGUGGAUUCUGCCAGGAUAGAGCCUGUGUGUGCCCCAACGAGUGGACUGGACAAUUUUGUGACAUAGUUAACUUUUGUGAAGACAGCAUUUACACAAUGAAUGUUUCUGAAAACGUUAUAAAAAACCUUACUUUUGAAAAGAUUUUAGUGGGUAAAUACAGCAGCUCCAAAGAGAAGUGUGGACCUAAUACUGUGAAUGGUAACUCUUCAAUUGCAGUCCGGCUGUGUUCCAGAAAGGGAAUAAUUCCAGUUUUAGAGACUCCCAGUAUUCUGAAUUGUAACGAAAAUCUGGACUCUCUAGCAUUACAGGUAGAAACUUCAGACAUCAGCAAUGUUUCAGCAAUUGCAAGUAAUACUCAGAUCCUUACCUCCAUUCCCAGUCGACUGACAACGCAGGACAUCUCUGCUGCUGCGAAUAUUGCAGUGCAGAUUCUAAGAAAACCAAAUGUUUCAGAAGAUUCUAAGGCAUCUGUGGCAGUUUUAACUACAGUAAGUCAGCUCCUGGAUGCCAACGAAACAGAAUUCAAUGACAGUAAUCUUGUCAAUGUUACAGCAAGCCUCACAAAAACAAUGGAAGAAUUUUCUUUGAUGGGCAAUGUCACUCAACCCAAUGUUGCAGUCCAGUCUGUUCCACUGAAAUUGAACUCCUCUACAGUUCUGUUUUUGGCACAGAGAGAUACAACCCUGUCAUAUUUUCCAUCAACAAAACUAGAAAUACAGGAAAACGUCCCUGGGCUUACUAGUGAACUCAGUACUGAAGUCCAGAUACUGCUCAAUAUUAUAAGUAACAGUUCGUCAAAUGAUGGCAGAGUUGGCUUUGUCCUUUAUCAAAAUGACAAACUCUUCCAGUCAAGGAUUUAUAGGAGUAGCAGUAAUUUAUCUAAACAAAUUAUUUCUGGCAAUAUUGAUGGCAGAAGAGCCAGUGGUGUUGAAAUAGCCUUCAAUCCCAAGUACAACACGUCCGAACUUCAGCUGCGUGAUCAUGCCUGUGUCUUUUGGGACUAUGCUAUCAACGACUGGAGCACCGCAGGCUGUAUGAAAGGAAGAGAUCAAUUCUUGAGAUGCAAGUGCAAUCACACUACUAAUUUUGCUGUUUUGAUGGCCUUUCAGAUCAAAUAUAAAUACGCUAGGCCUUUGGAGUAUAUCUCUUACAUUGGUGUUGGAUUGUCCAUUGCUGGUCUCACCACUACCAUUUUGUUUCAAAUAUUCACUAGGAAAACACGAAAGUCAUCUAUAACGUGGAUGUUAGUGAGUCUCUGUUCCUCCAUGCUAAUUUUUAAUAUCAUCUUCAUCUCUGGAAUCGAAAACCAAAAUGCCAGGAAUGACAGUAGUGAUACCAGUGGAAAUAACCAGCAAUUCAAUACCUACACCACCACUAAUACCAUACUCACAUCUGAUGUGGUAGAUCCUCCUGCAAAUGCCUGGUGCAUGGUUGUGGCUGUCCUGCUGCACUACUUUUUGUUGGCAACAUUUAUGUGGACAGCACUCAAUUCUGCACAACUGUACUUACUGCUGCUUAGAACCAUGAAACCCUUUCCUGGACACUUCAUUGUAACCAUGUCAGCAAUCGGAUGGGGGGUCCCUGCUGUAGUAGUUGCAAUAACGCUUGGAGCUACUUAUGGAGAAGGGAAAGCUUUAAACUACCGACAGGAAGAAUUUUGCUGGCUUGCAGCCCUGGAUCAAAAUCAGAAUUUCAGCAUGAAAAAACCCAUGUUCUGGUCCUUCCUUUUGCCAGUAGCAUUCAUACUCUUCUUUAACGUUACCAUCUUCAUCAAGAUCAUUGUUACUGUGAUAUGGAAGGAGAACAAGAAUCUGACAAGGAAUAAAAAGGAUUCACUCAUGAAAAAGAUGACUGCCACUAUCUCUAUAGUAGUGGUGCUUGGAAUCACCUGGACGAUUGGCUACCUCAUGCUAAUAAGUCAGGAGGAAAUGAAUCUAUUUUUCAGCUAUAUGUUCUGCAUUUUUAAUGCUACACAGGGACUUCAGAUUUGUAUUCUGUACACUUUCAGAUCACCAAUCUUCAAGAAAAAAGUUUCUGAAGUGUUUUCUGUUUUGAGGUUACCAGGGAUAGAAUUUUAUCUGCAUUCAGAAAUUUACCAUGUUUCAAAAUCACAGCCUGCAAAGCAUUCCCAAGGAAUCUUCAGAUUAUCUGAAAUUUCUACAGAAAAUAUUUCCUUGUCCACUCUCCCUAAUGGCUGUUAG